AUGACAUCGAAACGAAGGGUGUGCUACUAUUUCCAUCAUGAUAUGCAUAACUUCCACUACGGGCCCAGGCAUCCGAUGAAACCGCAACGACUGGCUGCCCUGCACAGUCUGGUCGUCAAUUAUGGUCUGCACAAAGAGAUGCUGGUCCUUUCGCCACCACGCGCUUCCGCAACAGAAAUCGAACGCUUUCAUUCCAAGGAUUAUGUGGAUUUUCUGCAGCGUGUUUCACCGCGUACCGCAGAUCAGUUCGAAAGCGUCUUUUCGCAGUACAACAUUGGCGAAGAUUGUCCAAUCUUUGAUGGCAUUUUUGAUUUUUGCUCCAUUUACACGGGCGCUACUUUAAGCGGUAAGACAUCCAGUCUAUGA